AUGCACCGAUCACUUCAGAUCCUCUGCAUUCUGGCAGUCUUCACAUCGUUGGCCUACAGUCAAGGCAGCCGUGACGAGAAUCAAAGUGCUAAGCGCAACGACUUCUCCCGGGAUAUCAUGUCGUUCGGAAAGCGAUCCGCUGAUGCCGCCGACAUGUACGAUCGACGAAUCAUGGCCUUCGGAAAGAGACAGCCAAACUUCGACCGUGACAUCAUGUCCUUUGGCAAGCGUUCCGCCCCAUCCGACUUCUAUCGUGACAUCAUGAGCUUUGGAAAGCGUUCAGCUUCAAUGUACGACCGCGACAUCAUGUCAUUCGGAAAACGUUCGGCCGCCAUGGAAUACGACCGGCCAAUCAUGGCAUUCGGAAAGCGUGCUGAAGACUACGAACGCCAAAUCAUGUCCUUCGGAAGACGCAAAUAA